GUCUAUGUUUUGUUGUUGCAAGUGUUGUAGCGUUCAAGACGGAGUCAAUUUUUUUCCUUUAAAAUGUACCGCUUGUUAGUGUCACAUCGUGUAUGUCCCAAAUGCACGCUGCUGCCUACACUUAUGUCUCCUCUUUUGAUGUUGCGAGUCGGCGCAAGAGCUGCUAGGCCGUUCGAAAAACUGAGUGUUUUGAACGUACGAAGACCUUACGUGAGGACUUUCCAAACAAUCUUUUCAGAAAAAGAUUACACAUAUUCCUUGUUUUGGUUGUGCGGGGCAGGUAUUGGAAUUGCUUUAAGCUUUGGAUUUAAAUACUACGCGGGGGAACACAACGGUUCAUGUGAUACUACAGCGAUACAGCCACAGAAAAGUCGAUACGAAGCAGCAAUCGACGCAAGCCGAGUACUGGUGGAGCGGAUACAGAAUGAGAUGGGUGCACCCGGCCUGGUGGUGGGGGUGUCCGUCGAUGGAAUGACUGUCUGGUGUGAAGGGUUCGGUUAUGCCGAUUUGGAGAAUCGUCUACCAUGUGGCCCAGAAACAGUGAUGCGAAUCGCCAGCAUCAGUAAAUCACUCACAUCUGCAGCUGCUGCGCGUUUGUGUGAGGAAGGGAAACUUGAUCUUGAUGCGCCCGUCCAGAAAUACGUACCAGAAUUUCCUCAAAAGCAAUUUGAUGGAAUAAAUGUAACAAUAACGUCUCGCAUGAUUCUCUCCCACCUCAGCGGUAUACGGCAUUAUGAGAAAGAUGCAAAUAAAGUGAGGGAGGACAAGGAGAAAGCCAAGCGACUUUUGAAAUCAUCAAAGAAGGAGAAAAGGGAGGAUAAUACUAAAGAGCAGAAUCUCAAAGCUAAAGAUGCCUCACGGGGCAAAAAGAAAAAUGAGUUUGAGCAUGACGAAUACUACUUGAGGGAACAUUUUGAUAGUGUCACUGAAGCCCUGGACCUCUUCAAGGAUGACCCACUCAUUUUUAAACCAGGCACAACAUUCCUUUACUCCACCCACGCCUACACCCUCCUCAGCGCUGUCAUCGAGCAGGCCGCUGGCCAGAGCUUCCUUGAUGUCAUGAUGAACCUCUUCCGUGAUCUCGGAAUGCUCAAUACUGUGGCUGACCAAAAUGAGCCAAUCAUUUACCAUCGUGCCAGAUACUAUCAUCUGAACAAGCGAGGACGUGUGGUGAACUGCCCGUGCGUAGACAACUCAUACAAGUGGGCGGGCGGUGGCUUCCUCUCCACAGUAGGGGACCUGCUCCUGUUUGGUAACGUUCUACUCUACAGCUACCAGAUGGCCCAGAUAAAAAAGGACACUGAAGGACUGCUGCCCGGCUUCCUCAAACCCGAAACUGCUGUGGAACUUUGGACAGCAGCAGACAAAACAGAGGCCAGCUGGGACAAGGAUGGACGCUAUGGCCAAGGUUGGCUGGUGGUGGAGAAAGAGCAGAAAUAUGGGCAAUGCAGGAAGCGCAGGCACUACGUGUCGCACACAGGAGGCGCUGUGGGUGCCAGCAGUGUUCUGUUGGUGUUGCCUAGCGAGGAGCUAGAGCAGGGACAAAUUGUCCUCCCAAAAGGGGUGGUGGUCGCCAUUCUCACCAACAUGCAGUCUGUGGGACUCAACAGCACAGCCCUGCAAAUUGCACAUGAGUUUGACAAAGCCACAAGCGUGACCAAGAUGGGUGAGGCAAUGGCUUGUUCUUCUCUGCGUGGUUGAGACUCAUAUGAAUGGUUGGCUUGGGGAAAAGGCACGAAUGGAAUCGUGGGAACUCAAGUCAAGGAACGCAGUGAGCCGCUUCCUUCAAAGAAGUUAUUAGUGCUUUGUGCCCAGGACCGUUAGUUGACUCAUCAACUGGCGAGUUCUCGUCAUUGUUUGCUUUCUUAAUGGGAAAUUGUGUGGCAGGCUUGGCGGAGGCCUCCUUCUGACAACACAACAGUGCUAAACGCAUCUCUGCAUCCUCUAUCAUUAUUUAUUGGUUACUGUGCCAACUACUGUACAAAUGGUGUCGCUAGUUUGUGGUUCAGUUUCAGUUGACGACCGAAAGUUUUUCCUACGCAGUUUCACAACUGUUAAAGACACAAUCUUAUUGCAAAAUUUUAGGAUUUAAUGUUCAUGUUCUUGGAUAACUUUUAUUUACAGUUUUAGAACAACAUAGGACUUUAUUGUCUAAUAUUUGUCAAUGAAAAUAAUUAACAUUUUAUUUUUGCUGACCUUAUUAUUGGAACACUGAUUGAUUUGUGGCUUGUGGUCAAUUUACUGUCUCAUAAAUAAAUAAUGAAUGCCCAGUGGGAUACCUUGUGGUUGCUUACAGUUGUGCAUUUCUAAUUAAAAACCUUUGCAAUCCAGUGAUAGAUUAAUAUUGUUUGUGAUCAUAUGUAGUAUUCUGGAUUCAAACUGCUGAUGUUGUUUAAAAACCCUGUGAAGUUAAUAGACAACUGGUAAAUAUUUAGAAGAAAUGAGGCUUCAAGAUGUUUAUUGCCUCCGUUUCGGUUUACUGU